AAACACUUUGACUCAAGACACUCGGUAAAAUACAUUGGCAAAACUGGAAAUUUGCGGUGCGCCCAAAGAUUUGAUUCCAACCUCACCCACACUCCUUUCCCCACAGCAGUUGACGAUCACCGGCCGGAACUCUACGCCGCCGUUUAUUUACUCCGGCAGAGCUGGUAAUCUUGCACUUUCUUCGGAUAUGGACAACUCCUCCGCCGACGUUUUCGGAUCCUCGACGGCUCCGCUGACUUGGCACGACUUCCUGGAACGUAUGCGUCAUCCUUCUGCUGCCCCAUUCGUAAAAGACAUUAAGAGUUUUAUAGUGUCAACUCUGAAUACUGCUCCGGAUGGGGAAAGAGAUAGUGCAGCUGUCCAGGAGUUUCUUGCAAAUAUGGAAGCUGCAUUUAGGGCGCAUACGCUUUGGGCUGGUUGUUCCGAGGAGGAAUUGGAGAGUGCUGGUGAGGGGUUGGAAAAAUAUGUUAUGACAAAGCUAUUUACCCGUGUGUUUGCAUCGCUUCCAGAAGAUGUUGAAGCUGACAAUCACUUGUCGAACAAGAUCGCACUAAUUCAACAAUUCGUUCAGCCCGAAAAUUUAGAUAUCAAACCUCCCUUUCGAAAUGAAACAUCAUGGUUGCUUGCUCAGAAGGAGUUACAAAAAAUUAACAUGUACAAGGCACCUAGAGACAAACUUGUUUGCAUUCUGAAUUGUUGCAGAGUUAUCAACAAUCUCCUCUUAAAUGCCUCCAUUGCAGCAAACGAGAGUCCUCCAGGAGCUGAUGAAUUUCUUCCUGUUCUUAUUUAUGUUACCAUAAAGGCUAAUCCUCCGCAGCUACAUUCCAACUUAUUAUAUAUACAGAGGUAUCGGCGCCAGACACGUUUGGUUGCUGAAUCGGCUUACUUUUUCACAAACAUGCUCUCUGCUGAGACUUUUAUUGCAAAUAUCGAUGCAAAAGCUCUUUCUAUGGAUGACACUGAAUAUGAAAACAACAUGGAAUAUGCUCGUGCACUUGUGUUGGGAACAUCUGGGGGCUCAGACAAUCCACCUAGUCAAUCUGAUCAGAAUGCUGAUACUAUGGAUUCUCAGAAGGGUGCAAAUUUUAACAAGCAUGGACUCUUGAAAGUGCCAAGUCAGUCCUCCCUUGAAUCAUCUGAGACCAGAUCAAAGGAUGAUGAGCCAUCUGCAAAAGAUCAAUUGUCCAAAAUCCCAUCUAUCUCGGAUGUAGAAAAUAAAGGCGCCAGCAUGCUUCUCAGACAGGAGAAGGCACAGGAUGCAUUUCAGGACUAUCCUUUCUUGUAUUCUCAGGCUGGUGACCUGACCAUUGCCGAUGUGGAAGUUCUUCUAAACCACUACAAAGAGCUUGUUUUCAAGUAUGUCUGCCUCUCUAAAGGCUUAGGUGUGGAAACUUCCUUGCAUCCUCCAUCUGUAGAGCAAGGCAAGACAGGACACGAGCUUGGAUCUUCAUCAGAGGCACAUGAGAGCAACAUGGAAGAAAAGUCCAAUGUUGAACUGCAUAAAGACUUAUCUCAGACAGCUGAUAGUUUGGCUGAACCUUUUUCUGAGGUUGAUAGUGCUGAAUCGAAGUUGUCUGAGUACGAAGAUCAUCCAAGUCAAACAGCUUUCGGGGAGGAAACACCUGAGAGAUAGCACACAAUUGUUCAUCCAAUACAACUGUGAAGUCUUUGAUUCAGCUAUAUAUUUUUGGGACAUGUGGGCUUUGCAGCGGGUCAAAGGCACAGGCAAAGAUUUACACGGGCUUGAGCCAGACUUUUGCAGCAAAUCGCUAGCACAGGCGUGCUUGAGCUCCCUGGUGGCGUUUUCUCAGUUAAACAUUCUUCGUUUCCUCUCCAUAGAUCUCACGGUGUAAUAGAACAAGCUUUUCAGGAAAGAGAGCAAUGUAUGUAAGCAUCAGAACUAGGACACUGGGCCACAUUGUUUUGUUCACUACGCUAAUGAAGGGUAAAAAAGUGUACGAAGAGGACUCAUGUUUUCUUUGGAUUUAGGGCCCUGGAUGAUCAAGUUGAUUAAGGAUCGUUAGAUUUGUCUUGUAUUCAAUAUGCAACUUUUAACUGAGCAAAGAAAGAUGCACAUGUUGAAUUUAAAUGCGUUAAUAAGUGUGGC